UCCAAAUGUCAUAAUCAUUUCAAUUCAUAAUCAUCCUGCGGAGCCAGUCAAUGUGAAUGAGCAAAAUUGUGUAAACAACAGAAACUAUUUUCUGGUGUGAAAUUAUUUUAAAACGGGCGGAAAACAUCAACACACCAUGGUACAGGAUACCAAUUUCAUCUGCCCGAGGAUCUACAACGCGUGCAGAUUAUGCAAAAUUCGGGGAAACCAGCUGAACAAGAUUGACCAACAGAUAUCGACCAAAAUCUACGAAUGUACCACUUUGAAGAUUAUUUCCACCAAGGACAUCAAAGCGUUCAUAUGCGACGGGUGCAAGGCCAAAAUUGACGAGCACUACCAGUUUAAAAUGCAGUGCAUCCGGAACGUGAAUCUACAGCGUUUCAACACUGGUGCUGCCGCGGUUGGAGCCGCCGCCGGAAUCAGCCCCGGACCGGGACCAAUCGCCAGCGGUAGCAACGUUGUGGGGGCGGCGCUAGCUGCAACCGCUCCGGCAACGGCUGCUACCUCACCAUCCUCGUCGUCGGCGGUACCAGAGGGAACUCCCGGCAGUUCCAGCGCAAGCACCAGCAGCAGCACUCAGGUCAAUUAGGGCUGAGCGCGUAAACACAGUGAUUUAGUAGGUGUGUGAUCAACUUCUAUCAUCGACCGGAACGCCGAACGGUUGCGCGUUUCGGGACGUUUUAUUUUGUACCAUAUAUUGUUUACUCUAUACGUUAGUGUUCUUUCCGAAUCGCGGUAGGAUUUCACCCAAUUUUUCUCUAAGAAACUAUAUUUGAUACAUUGUGAUAUGUUGGGAGUAAGGGAGGGAAAGGCCAACCAGCCAAAAUAUUUGCACACGAGUUCUUAAAAAUUCUCUCUAGUCCAAUCUUGUUGAUGUCUCCAACAGAAAGUGCGUUUUGCUGGCAUGCCAACACCAAAUAAGAAAGAAUAAUGAUUACAACUAAUUGUACAUACAAGCGCAGUUGAGAUUUUGUAAGCUGCACCAGAGCAGGCAGCUGUGUAUUUAAUCUGAGUUUUGUGAAUCAUGAAUAAAGUUUUGUUACAACCCCUAACCAAAA